GUCCUUGUGGGAGUGAAAGCUCUUGUUUCUAAGUCCAGAGAAGGUGAUUUGACACGAUCAUUGCACACAUAGAAAAAUGCCAACCAUUGCUUCUGAAAUGACGACGGAUAACCUUGAAUCGUCGUCGAUGGCCUCUUCGCCUGUUAACCCAAACGUAUCAUCGAGAAACAGGCCGCCUUCAUCGCCUUUGAAACAGAUUCCAUCAGACUCUUUGGGUCCUGCUUCUGACUCCCUAGACUCCAGCAACAAGAAGAUCUCUGCAGAUGAUAUGGCAUUCUAUUACGAAAGACUACUACCCUUCAGGUACGUCUUCCAGUGGUUGAAUCACUCCCCAAAACCCCAAAAGGAUUUUACAAUGAGGGAAUUUGCGUAUGAACACAGGUCUGGUGCCUAUCAACGUUAUAACUCUUUUGAAAGUCCGGAAGAUUUCAAGUCUUCUGUUGUCAGGGUGAAUCCUACCAGAUUUGAAGUUGGUGCCGUUUAUGCAGUCAAUCCAAGUGAAAGAAAGACAUUGCCAAAGAGUGCAAUGAAGCCUUUGGAAAAGGAGCUGGUUUUCGAUAUCGACUUGACCGAUUAUGAUGAAAUCCGUACAUGUUGCUCCAAGACUCAGAUCUGUACCAAAUGCUGGAAGUUUAUUACUGCUGCUACAAAGGUGUUGGAUGUUGCCUUGAGAGAGGACUUUGGCUUCGAGCACAUGAUCUGGGUCUUCUCCGGAAGACGUGGUGCUCAUUGCUGGGUCAGUGACAAGAGAGCCAGAUCAUUAGACGAAUCGAAAAGAAGAGCUAUCGUGGAAUACCUAGAUAUUUUGAAAAACAAAGGCACGAAGAGAUUGAACUUGCGUCGUCCUUUGCAUCCACAUAUUCAACGUUCCUUGGACAUUUUGAAGCCUGAUUUCCUAACAAUCAUCCAGGAACAGGAUCCAUGGCGUGACGACGAAGUGGCAAUUCAAGAUCUUCUCUCAAAGAUCCCAAACAGCUCAAUCACUGAUGCUUUGAAGAAGGAGUGGACAACAAAGCCACACAGAUCGAGUCUUGACAAGUUCCAAGACAUCUCGUCAAUGGCACAACGUCUCCCUAAGGCCAAUGACAAAAAAAUGGUUAUCGAGGCUGAAGAAGAUAUCAUUUUGGAAGUUGUAUACCCACGUUUGGAUGUUGAAGUCUCCCGUCAGAUGAUCCACUUGCUAAAGUCGCCGUUCUGUAUCCACCCUGGAACAGGUAACGUAUGUGUUCCAUUUGAUGCCAAUAAAGAAUUUAAUCCAAUGACAUCUCCAAAUCUUCGUCAGAUACAAGGUGAGCUUUUGAAGUAUGAUGAGGAACACCGUGGUGACGACAAGAAGGUUGCUAAUUGGGACAAGACAAGUCUUAAGCCUUACACUGAUCUUUUCACAGCAUUUGUUAAAAGGUUAUUGGCUUCAGAAGUUACUGGUAAGCGUGAACGUGAUGAGCAAGAACCAGAUCUUGAGUUUUAAACUGUGUGUACUAUUACUAUAAACCAGAAAAC